AUGAACGCUCUACAAGAUCACAAAUUUAAUAUAAGACUAGUGAAGACUGUCAAAAAAUAUCCGCUUCUGUACAACACUGAAUUGAAAGAAUACACACGAAGGGAUUGCAGAGAAAGAGCUUGGAUAGAUGUGGCAGAAGAGCUGAAUUGUGAUCCAAAAGCUGUGCAAAAAAAAUGGCAAAAUUUCCGAACUAUUUUAGUAAGAAAACUGAGACAAAUCCAGAUGGGCGAAUCUGUGCAACAGUAUUAUCUAUAUGAGCACAUUAAAUAUAUAAUACCAUAUUUAAAGAAAUCAUAUGAACCGGGAACAUUAAAGAGAACGCUUAAACAAGCAUUACAAAACAGAAAUGAUGAAACUGAUACGGAAUAUGGAACAGGAUCAGAGCAUAGUUCCGAAGACAUUGAACUCGUUGAAGACUUGAGGGAGAGCAAUAAUGAUCCCAUUUUUCUCGAAACUUACGAACCAUACGAAAUGAAUGAUCCAAAGAGGCUUAAAAUAGCAGAUAGAUCAGAAGACAAAGCGGGAACAGAUGUUGAUUAUGAUUUAGUUUCUAUUCCACGGCGCAGUGAGUCCCUUGAGCAUAUUAUGGUUAAAGAUGAAGUGACGAAUUGCACACCGAUUCAAUCUGCUUCCGCACCUGCGAGAUAUACUGAGCAAAGUGUUCAAACAGAGUUUAGUGAAAGUCCCAAAAGACAAUUUGUAUUAAGCUUAUUGCCAGAUCUCAACGAAAUGACCAACUCACAAAUGCGCCAAUUCAAGUAUAAAGUUCUACAAUUAAUCCAUGAAAUAUUAAAUGAAAACAAUACCUAAAAAAUAUUAAAAAUAAGAAAAAUUUAAUGAAAUCGUA